CUUAUCCACAUGUGACCAUGAGAAAAUCUCGUUGACUGCACCCCAAGAAAAUAAAAUUGGCGGAAAUAAAAAAACAAUAAACGAAGGUCACAGACUCACAAGACAAGAACAACCUCUUUCCUAUUUACAUUUUGGUUCCGCUUCAUUCUCGUACAACUAAUCAGAACUGCUCUCAAGGAUCCCUCGUUUUUUCCCUUUCUUUUCUGCGUUUAAUUUUACGUCCCAUGCUCGAAGCUUAAACCAAUUUUAUUAAUUGGUGGUUGUUUCAGAGAUUUCCUUAGUUAGGGUUUUAUUCAUCGAGUUCAUUAAUUUUCUCAAUUAUUGCGAUUAUUAUUCGAAAUUUGAAGUUAAGCAUAUAUAUUCAUGGCUUCGAGUUUUGACCGGUGGGAAAAGGAUCCUUUCUUUAACGCUGCCGAAGAAGUUCAGGAAUCUGCAGACAGGAUGGAAUCUACAUAUAGGACAUGGUUACAUGCAACAAAAGAUGCAUCCAGCAUGUGGAACUCUGAUGAAUUGUGCAGAGAUCUACGCACUGCACUUAGCACUGCCAAAUGGCAGUUAGAGGAAUUUGCACGGGCGGUGAGGUCAAGUUAUGUCAAAAGCUCAAGUGAGGAAGCGAGAAAUAGGCACCGAGAUUUUAUCACUGCAAUUGAGGAUAAUAUAAUGAAAGUUGAGCAUUCGUUGAGUGAAUCAGUUGUUCCUGGAGGCAAGGCGUCUCUGCCUUGGUUGCGUUUAGAUGAAGGAGAACAGGAUGAACUUGCUUUGUUUCUUUCAGGAAUGCCAGCAGCUAACAACAGGAACAUUGAAGAUCCACGGUUAAGUGAAAACGUUUCAGCCAGUGAUUGUUUGAAGGAUUUUCAUGUUUCAUCUGUGUGGGGCGACUCAAAGGAGGAUAUAUCACAUGGGCAUCGUCGGGCAGCCAGUGCUAGUGCUGAUAUUGGUUUUUAUAAAAUUUCAGUUCAUGAUGAUGCACAGCAGUGGAGUUCCUCAAGUGGUUCUUCUGGUCCAAUGCACAAGGUACCAAGUUUAUCAGGAUUUCUUAGAUCCAUGGAAUCCGUCUCUAAGUUGAAGUGGCCUAGGAAUGGUUAUAGAAAGCUGAAAGCAGCGGAUCAUCAUAAAGAAACUGAUGGUGAACUACUUCCAACAGCUGGAUUGAAUAGGGGCAACAAUGCACGCUGUGAAAGAAGUAAGAGUGGCCUUGAUAGUUGUGAUGAAUCCUAUGACAAGCAACUAUAUGGAUGGCAUGGUGCUAUUUGGAGACAGCUUCAAAGAUCUCAAUACCAAAUGCAAUACAGUCAGUCUGUUCGAAUAGUUGUUUGGAUUGUUGUUCUCCUUUGUUUCAUUGCUUUAAUUGCAUUCCAUGCAAUGUAGAAGGAAGAUAUAGAUACACGUUUUAUCAAUUUGUAGCUGGAGAGACAUCACGAGGUACAUACAAGCUUUUGAUGCAAGUUCAUAUAGUCCCACAUUGUCACUUGAGCAGGAGAGAUAGGUUGGAUUUUCUGGUUCUCACUUAAGCUUUGGUACUACAGUUAGAGUCUACAAUAGGCAUUUCAUUUUUUUCUCUAUUCAAUCUGUUUCUCGCAUCCCAUUUCAAAAUAGUCCAUGAAGAGCUCUCUGUUGUACUAUAUAAUUGUAAAAUGGGAAUGAUAAAAGGGGAUUAGCCUAUUUGAUAUUGUAAUUUGUAUUACACGUCUUCUUGAUGCUAGUUUUUUUUUUUUUUACCAAAGCUGAUAGUCUAGCUUGAGCAAAUUCAAUAUGAUGAAUUCAUUAUUCUUCUUUUUCA